GAGUGCGUCGCUGCCCCAGGGUGGGCCAGCGCCCUGACUGAAGGGCGCCAGAGGAUCCCUGCUCCCGGCGCGACAGUGUUGGUUAGGGCCAGCCAGAAAGCUCCUUAAAGCCGACCCAAGUGAUCAUCUCGAGUAGCCGAGCCAGGCUUCCCUUCCACAUUACCCCCAUGGUGUCUGCCUGGAAGUUCCUGACAGGUUUACAUUUAGCUGGCUGGCAAAUUUUCUAAGGUGUUAGCUAUUAGCAUUUUAAGGAGGGCCUCCAAAGCCUUUCAUACCUUGAGGAAUUAUAGGCCCCAGGACAGAUUUUGAGGGAAUCUUUUUGGAACAGUUAGUCCUGCAGUGGUCUCACUGCCUUUUGUAGGAGUCAAUGCGAUCCACUGCAGUGUGUGACCAAAGUGAGUUCAGGUUUUUAUUUUUAUAUUUUUUAUUUUUUUUUGGGACGGAGUCUGGCUCUGUCGCCCAGGCUGGAGUGCAGUGGCGCUCACUGCAAGCUCCGUCUCGCGGGUUCACGCCAUUCUCUUGCCUCAGCCUCCCGAGUAGCUGGGACUACAGGUGCCCGCCACCACACCUGGCUAAUUUUUUGUAUUUUUUAGUAGAGACGGGGUUUCACCGUGUUAGCCAGGAUGGUCUCGAUCUCCUGACCUCGUGAUCCGCCCGCCUCGGCCUCCCAAAGUGCUGGGAUUACAGGCGUGAGCCACCGCGCCAGGCCAAGUUCAGGUUUUUAAAAGGGGUCCCACAUCACUACCUCUAAUCCCAGCACUUUGGGAGGCCGAGGCAGGUGGAUCAUGAGGUCAGGAGUUUGAGACCAGCCUGGCCAAUAUGGUGAAAUCCCAUCUCUACUAAAAAUACAAAAGAAAAAAGAAAAAAAGUUAGCUGGGCACGGUAGCACAUGCCUGUAGUCCCAGCUACUCAGGAGGCUGAGGCAGAAGAAUCACUUGAACCCAGGAGGCGGAGGUUGCAGUGAGCCGAGAUCAUGUCACUGCACUCCAGCCUGGGCGACAGAGCGAGACUCCGUCUCCAAAAAAAAAAAAAAAAGGAGGGGUCCCACAAUCUGCUGUUUGUGCCUUAGUGUGUUAUAGUUGUAGUGAAACAACAGCUAGCUCUUCCUUUUGGCCUCCCUCUUUCUGGAGAGAUGCAAGUCCGUAGCGUUUGGAUCAAUGUAGCGUUUUUAGAAAACCACAGAUCUGUUCUCAGAAUCUGGUCUGUUGCUAGGUCAGGUUUUUCCUGUCUUCCCUGGGGCUCUCUCAGGCCAUCCAGGAGAAUUCUCCAUAGAUCAUGCAAAUAGAAUUUUAUCAGGAAGUCCCAUCAGCAGAGUGUCUUUAUUUCUGUACCUCCGUGUCCCAUACUGGGACUUUCUUUCCUGUCUCUGGCCACCUACCUCUCUAUACCACUAACCCUAUAGUGUUCUGUGUUCUUUGCACACAGGAGACAUCUUCUUUCCUCUUACUCCCCAGUAGUUCCCAUCAUCUCUAUCAUAGCAGUAAAAACUUGCCAAAGACGAAUGAGAAAACUCACGGUGUUGCAAUGUGCAAAGGCCCAGGGCAUGUUUAGGUUAAACCAGAGUUUAAGCCUGUUGGGAAUCUUGUAGAACAUGUGAUCCAAGAGUUGCCAGCUCUGAUUUUCCCUCUUUAUUGGCCCCAAGAGGUUCAGAGUUCAGGUUUAGUCUGCAUGAGGCCAUAUCUUGCCAGCUAGACAGUGUCUGCCCAAGAACACACUGUGGGAGAGCAGAAAGACAGCCUAAUCUUUCUCCUAGUGGGCAAAAGCAGAAGACAUAGUUUAUGUUAGUCUGUCUCUUGAUUAGUUGAAAUCUAAACUAUGUCCUGUGAAUGACUGACUACAACACUCUGCUCCUGCCCUGGUUCUGGGAAUAGUGAGGACAGGGCCCUUGGUGAACACCUGUCAUAGCUGCAGACAGCACUGUUUCUUUCUCUCUUGUUUUGUAUCAUGCUGCAUAACCUUGAGCAAGUUAUUUAAUCUCUCAGUUUUCUUGUGUUAACUGGAGAGUAUUCGUGUCUUAACCUGAGACACGCUGUUUUGAAAAUGUUAGCUUCAUUAUGUAUUAUUACUAAUGUUUAUAAAGCACCUCACACACUGCUGGGUUACGUAGCAGGUGUUCAACAAAUGUUAACUGUCGUCAUGUUAGGCUGUCUAACUACAUGGCAUUCUCUGGUGUUUUUUCCCCAUACCAAUAAGUACCCCAGAGGAUUGCCUCUGAAGACAAUACGAUACGCGUGGAGAACAGACAGGCUACUCAUAGAGCCAGAUCCUCAGCUCUGCAGCUCCAGGCAACUCUACCUCAGAACAGGGAUUGCUUCUCCAGCUCACCCUGGACAGUAUCACUCCGUGGAGGAAGACUGUGAGACUGUGGCUGGAAGCCAGAUUGUAGCCACACAUCCGCCCCUGCCCUACCCCAGAGCCCUGGAGCAGCAACUGACUACAGAUCACAGACACAGUGAGGAUAUGAGUGUAGGGGUGAGCACCUCAGCCCCUCUUUCCCCAACCUUGGGUACAGGCGUGGGCAUGUCCACCUUCUCCGUCGUGGACUAUGUGGUGUUCGUCCUGCUGCUGGUUCUCUCUCUUGCCAUUGGGCUCUACCAUGCUUGUCGUGGCUGGGGCCGGCAUACUGUUGGUGAACUGCUGAUGGCGGACCGCAAAAUGGGCUGCCUUCCGGUGGCGCUGUCCCUGCUGGCCACCUUCCAGUCAGCCGUGGCCAUCCUGGGUGUGCCGUCAGAGAUCUACCGAUUUGGGACCCAGUAUUGGUUCCUGGGCUGCUGCUACUUUCUGGGGCUGCUGAUACCUGCACACAUCUUCAUCCCUGUUUUCUACCGCCUGCAUCUCACCAGUGCCUAUGAGUACCUGGAGCUUCGAUUCAAUAAAACUGUGCGAGUGUGUGGAACUGUGACCUUCAUCUUUCAGAUGGUGAUCUACAUGGGAGUUGUGCUCUAUGCUCCGUCAUUGGCUCUCAAUGCAGUGACUGGCUUUGAUCUGUGGCUGUCCGUGCUGGCCCUAGGCAUUGUCUGUACCAUCUAUACAGCUCUGGGUGGGCUGAAGGCCGUCAUCUGGACAGAUGUGUUCCAGACACUGGUCAUGUUCCUCGGGCAGCUGGCAGUUAUCAUUGUGGGGUCAGCCAAGGUGGGCGGCUUGGGGCGUGUGUGGGCCGUGGCUUCCCAGCAUGGCCGCGUCUCUGGGUUUGAGCUGGAUCCAGACCCCUUUGUGCGGCACACCUUCUGGACCUUGGCUUUCGGGGGUGUCUUCAUGAUGCUCUCCUUAUACGGGGUGAACCAGGCUCAGGUGCAGCGGUACCUCAGUUCCCGCACAGAGAAGGCUGCUGUGCUCUCCUGUUAUGCAGUGUUCCCCUUCCAGCAGGUGUCCCUCUGCGUGGGCUGCCUCAUUGGCCUGGUCAUGUUCGCGUAUUACCAGGAGUAUCCCAUGAGCAUUCAGCAGGCUCAGGCAGCCCCAGACCAGUUCGUCCUGUACUUUGUGAUGGAUCUCCUGAAGGGCCUGCCGGGCCUGCCAGGGCUCUUCAUUGCCUGCCUCUUCAGCGGCUCUCUCAGCACUAUAUCCUCUGCUUUUAAUUCAUUGGCAACUGUUACGAUGGAAGACCUGAUUCGACCUUGGUUCCCUGAGUUCUCUGAAGCCCGGGCCAUCCUGCUUUCCAGAGGCCUCGCCUUUGGCUAUGGGCUGCUUUGUCUAGGAAUGGCCUAUAUUUCCUCCCAGAUGGGACCUGUGCUGCAGGCAGCAAUCAGCAUCUUUGGCAUGGUUGGGGGACCACUGCUGGGACUCUUCUGCCUUGGAAUGUUCUUUCCAUGUGCCAACCCUCCUGGUGCUGUUGUGGGCCUGUUGGCUGGACUCGUCAUGGCCUUCUGGGUCGGCAUCGGGAGCAUCGUGACCAGCAUGGGCUCCAGCAUGCCACCCUCUCCCUCUAAUGGGUCCAGCUUCUCCCUGCCCACCAAUCUAACUGUUGCCACUGUGACCACACUGAUGCCCUUUACUACCUUCUCCAAGCCCACAGGGCUGCGGCGGUUCUAUUCCUUGUCUUACUUAUGGUACAGCGCCCACAACUCCACCACAGUCAUUGUGGUGGGCCUGAUUGUCAGUCUACUCACCGGGAGAAUGCGAGGCCGGUCCCUGAACCCUGCGACCAUUUACCCAGUGUUGCCAAAGCUCCUGGCCCUCCUGCCCUUGUCCUGUCAGAAGCGGCUCCACUGCAGGAGCUACGGCCAGGUAGUACCUGCUGUCCAAGUGACCCCUCCCUGCCCUUCUCCACAGAUGCCACUGACUCUUCAGGUUCCCUUCUACCCCUUUUCUCUCCCCCUUCCCCCGGUGCCCCUCUCAGGAUCAGCUAAGCCUGGGCUGUCCCACACGGCUGUCUCAGGUUCUACCCACAGGACUGCACUGGCUUGGCAAGGCAGAAGGAUCUCAGGGCUCAGAGGAGCUCAGCCCUGGCCUGGGCCGGUCAGCUCCCCUCCCCAGCCCACCCUGCGCUCCCCACUGUGCUGUGCUCUCCCUCUUUUCCCCCUGCUCUCUCUCCCACACCCAGCCUUGCUGGGCUCCCUUCUGGCGGGGACCUUUUUUGUGUGAAUCCUGUCAACCACCCGUCAUCCGUCUUCACCAGUUCCACCCCUUUGGCUCUGUGUUUGCAGGACCACCUCGUGGACACUGGCCUGUUUCCUGAGAAGCCAAGGAAUGGUGUGCUGGGGGACAGCAGAGACAAGGAGGCCAUGGCCCUGGAUGGCACAGCCUAUCAGGGGAGCAGCUCCACCUGCAUCCUCCAGGAGACCUCCCUGUGAUGUUGACUCAGGACCCUGCCUCUGUCCUCACUGUGCCAGGCCAUAGCCAGAGGCCACCCUGUAGUAUAGGGAUGAGUCUUGGUGUGUUCUGCAGGGACAGGCCUGGAUGAUCUAGCUCAUACCAAAGGACCUUGUUCUGAGAGGUUCUUGCCUGCAGGAGAAGCUGUCACAUCUCAAGCAUGUGAGGCACCGUUUUUCUCAUCGCUUGCCAAUCUGUUUUUUGUUUUUUGUUUUGUUUUGUUUUGUUUUUUUUGAGACGGAGUCUCGCUCUGUCACCCAGGCUGGAGUGCAGUGGCGCGAUCUCGGCUCACUGCAAGCUCCGCCUCCCGGGUUCACGCCAUUCUUCUGCCUCAGCCUCUCCGAGUAGCUGGGACUACAGGCGUCUGCCACCACACCCUGCUAAUAUUUUGUAUUUUUUAGUAGAGACGGGGUUUCACCGUGGUCUCGAUCUCCUGACCUCGUGAUCCACCCGCCUCGGCCUCCCAAAGUGCUGGGAUUACAAGCGUGAGCCACCGCGCCCGGCCGCCAAUCUGUUUUUUAAAGGAUCAGGCUCGUAGGGAGCAGGAUCAUGCCAGAAAUAGGGACAGAAGUGCAUCCUCUGGGAAAAAGAUAAUGGCUUCUGAUUCAACAUAGCCAGAGUCCUUUGAAGUAAGUGGCUAGAAACAGCACUCUGGUUAUAACUGCCCCAGGGCCCAAUUCAGGACUGACUCUCCACCAUAAAACUGGAAGCUGCUUCCCCUGUAGUCCCCAUCUCAGUACCAGUUCUGCCAGCCACAGUGAGCCCCUGUUAUUAUUUUCAGAUUGUCUGUGACACUCAAGCCCCUCUCAUUUUUAUCUGUCUAUGUCCAUUCUGAAGAGGGAGAUUUUGGUGUCCCUGGGCCUCUGGGAAUAGAAGGUCCAUUUGUCUCCUUUGUGUAGAGCAAGCAAGUUUUCUGCCUCACUGUCUCAUCCUCCACCUCUGAGAUGGACACUUAGAGACAGGGCAAAUGUGGAUCCAAGAAACCAGGGCCAUGACCGGGUCCACUGUGGAGCAGCCAUCUAUCUACCCGACUCCUGAGCCAGGCUGCCGUGGUGUCAUUUCUGUCAUCAUGCUCCGUUACCUUUUGGAGUUUCUUCCCCACAUAUCUUUGUUCCUGGGGAAUAAAAACUACCAUUGGACCUAGAA